AUGCAGCUUGCCCUGCUGCUGUCAGAGGCGGAGGCGCUGCUCGUCUCCGCGCGGCCUGAGGCGGCGAUCCGGAAGCUGGAGGGCCACUGCUUGGGGCAGAGCGGACCGCUGCUGCCCGUGCAACUCAAGGCGCUGCGCCUGCUGCUGCGUGCCGCCCGCAGCGCCGCUGCGCGCGUCGCUCAAGCGGCAGAUGCGGCGGCUGCAAUGGGCCUCUCAGAACGUGGCGCCAUGCCGUUGUCGCUGGAGCCGUCGACGCCAGGCGUCACGGCGGAGCGGCAGCCGGGUGAGCAGCAGCAGGGGGGGCAACACCAGCAGCAGCAGCAGCAGCAGCAGCAGCAGCAGCAGCAGCAGCAACAGCAGCAGCAGCAGGCGACGCCACUGCAGCAACAGCAGCAGCAGAAGGCGACGCCACUGCAGCAAAAGCAGCAGCAGGAGCGGGAGCGCUUCCAGGCGUUGCAGCUGCGCUGCCACCUUACCCUGCUGCAGCAGCUGCUGCCGCAGCCUGCUGCGCCCGCGGCGGGCCAUGUGCAGCAGCAACAGCAGCAGCAACAGCAGCAACAGCAGCACGCGCCGAGUGCCGCGGAGCUGGACGCCUUGCUGCAAGCGUUGAAAGAGUUUGUGGCUUUUGCCAGAACCUUGGGACCUUUGCCACCCGCGCCGUCCCAACGGCAGCAGCAGCAACAGCAGCAGCAGGAGCAGCAGCAGGAGCAGCAGCAGGAGCAGCAGGAGGAGCAGCAGCAGAAGGGCAUGGACGCGCCUCAGCUCCCACAUUCGAGACCUCAGCAGCCGGGCCCGGCUCAUGCGAGGGCUCCAGCAGCUGCGACUGCGGCGGCUGGCCCCGCAGGGCUGCAGGACGGUCUGAACGAAGGGGCACAGCAGUGUGAGGCUGGGGCCCUGGCCGCAGUGGGCGAGCCGCCGGCAGGGCACGGGCCCUCCCUGCUGCCGCUGCUGCGAGCGGUGCAGCUGCAGCUGGGCUGGGAGCUGGCUGCGCUGGUGCAGCAGCAGCGGCAGCAGCAGCAGCAGCAGCAGCAGCAGCCGAAGGGGAAGCCUGGUGGUCGCGGCGGCGCCGGCAGCUCUGUGGCUCCCGUGUCGACAGCCGAGCCGCCCGGCGCGCCAGCAGCGGGCGCGGCCGCGGGAGCGGCCAGCGGGGGCGGCGGCGCUCGGGGCUCCUCCGGCGCCGCCGCGAGCCGCCUCAGCGUCCGCCAGCACCGCGGCCGCGCGCUCGCCGCGGCCUCAGCCGCGGCCGCGCUCGUCGCGCAGCAGAUCGACCCCGCGUCGGCCGCCCCCGGCGGCGCACGGGCGGCGCUUGGGCUCUCAGAGCGGCGUUUGAUCGCCUGA